GGUUGCUGAGGCAAGGGAUUACCAUGCAGCUGUCAUAUCCUUAAAAAAUCCCAAUGUCUGUAGUGUAAAAUCUUGUUAAUAUUUGGAUGAUUUAGAGAGCUCUGCAUGUGAUUUGCACUCAUGUGCAGUAAAAGUGUAAUCACACUGGCAGAGUGGAAACAGUACAAAUGGAAGGAAUGAAAGUCUGAGCAAAACAAGAAAAGAUUGACUAACAGAUGGAGGGAUUAAAAAAGGAGGAGAUUUGUGAAGGCAUGUAGAGAAAAUGAGUGAAAGCCUGAUAAGUGUGAGAGGCUAAAACAUGUAGCUUGCUUCCCUGCAUGGCUAAGGGCCAUUUUUUGCUCUGCUCUUCCCAGAAAAUAGGAAACGGAGACAAAGGGUGGACUGGGAAGGGACCUAAGGGAACUAAAUUCAUUCCCAAUUGUUCAUUGUGUAUUUGUUUCUGGAGAUGAACCAAAUGUGAGUAUGCUGGAGCAUAUGCCUCGCCGCUCCCGUUCUCUUCUCUGCCUCUCUUUGACCUCUCUUGCUCUGGUUUUAUCUAUACUGGCCUUUUGCACCUCCUACUGGUGUGAGGGAACACAGAAAGUAGUGAAACCGCUUUGCCUCUCACCGGUUAAAAUGGAGAAAUGCAGCCAGAACAACAGCGAGCGUUUUGCAGUGGGCGCAGUGCAACCAGAGCUUCCUUCUAAUGAAACAGUAUCACAAAACCAUUCAGAAGUGCUAAUUAAGACCCAACAGACACAGCUGGCUAAUGCUGUGCAGUACAUUUGGGAAACAGGAGAGGACAAAUACAUGUUUCGCUACUUCCAUGCAGGAUUCUGGAAAUCCUGUGAGAAACAUGCUGAUGGGGAACGAUGUCGCAGGUUUUUAGAUCUGACUCCUGAAGAUACACAUGGUGUUCUCUGGUUGUCUAUGAUAUCUGAGUUCAUAUACAUCGGUCUGUUGGGGACAGGUUUUCUGCUGAUGUGGUUGGAGGUUCUUUGUAUGAAUAAAGAAAUGUAUGCACUCAAAAUCAACGCAUUUGCAGCCUUAUGCACUGUGCUUUCAGGCCUAACUGGAAUGAUGGCCCACAUGAUGUACACCACAGUUUUCCAGGUGACUGUGAUUAUAGGACCCAAAGCCUGGAGACCUCAGAACUGGGACUAUGGCUGGUCUUUUGCCAUGGCCUGGAUGUCUUUUAGCUGCUGUAUGGGUGCUGCUGUACUCACCUUCAACUCCUAUACCAAGACUAUCAUUGAGAUUCACCGUCGAAAGAGACUACAACUGGAGAAAACAUGUGCAGCUCCUUCCUAUGAGGAGGUGGUUUCAGGAGUUGGACUCUACUCUGUUAAUGGCCUACAGCAGCCUUUUGUUGUGAUUGAUAGUAUGUGGCUAGAGCAUGAGCGUAUGGAAAUGAAGGCAGAAGUAGUGCUGAUAGAAGGAUGCAAACCUGAGGAGUGUGAGGACUGCGAGAGGGAGAUGGAUUACGUGGAAGAGGCCAUAGACAGUGAGGAAACAGACUCACCUUCUUAUUGAAACUUACGUAAAUUGGCAGAAGUGAAAUUCUAAUGCUGAGGGUCUCUAAAUGCAGAAGGCUUGACAAAUGGAAUGAUGUUUCAGUCUGAACACGGAGUUCUCUUUUAAAUGGAAUAUGAUUAGAUAUUGAGUGGAUUAAACUCGGAUUGGAUAAAAGCAAAAAGCAUUAAUUUCAGAAUGUAUGUGCUGUUAUUUUUCUAGAACUGCUCUUGAUCGGUAGUAGACAUAUUCCCAUGUAUUCAUUUUUUACAUGUGGGGUGUGUGGUGUGAUUUUUCACAGCUGAAUUUCCUUUGCACAUGUGAUUGCAUUAUUACAUAAACUAUUCAUAUUUGUUUAUGUGAUAAUCUAUCACAUAUUUCCACAUUUGAUCACAAAUUACUCAGACAAUCAAAUGUGGAAAACAUGAUCACAGAGGUGGUCAGACUUUUUUUGGAGUUCUCUGGUAUGAUGUCUAAUGAAACUGUAUAAACUUAACAUACACUGUACAUAAAUCUACAAGACAUCUGUGGGCUUCACAGAGAAGUCUAAAACACACACUUUGCAUUUUCUUAAAAUUUUAUUUCAUCAGUAAUAAAUGACACAGACACAAUAUUUAAAUGCCUACUUUGCCUAAAGUUCAAACAGCUGCCUCCUCUUGGUGGCACUAGAGAUCAAUAUACAACAGAUUGCAUCACAAAUCUAAUACAUAAUAAGCUAAUAUAAUAAAUAAUAAAUUCCACCAGUAUCUUUAUAUAGAAAACAUAAAAAUGAAAUGCCUUUCUAGUCACAUUGUCCAGCAACAUCCCGGUCCAAUAAAAGUGUGUGCCAUUGUGAUCUUUAUGCAUUUCGAAUACCUGUUUGCAUUAUGAAUGCAUGAUCAAGCUGUUUGGGAGUACAGGAGUAUUUGUGUGUAUUACUGAAGUGAACACACAACAAUUCACCACAACUGCCAACAUUAAAGAAACAGAAAAUAAUAGUAUUUACAAAGUAACUGGAGGCCCUAGAUUGGGUCCAGCUUUUUUGUUUGUUUAUUUAAUGGGCUGAUACUGGAUUAGGUUGAGGGCAUUUUCGUUAUCCAUCACCCCCUGAACAAAUUCCCCUUCAGCCAACCGCUCUGAGAAAACAGAGAGAGAAAUGUUUCUGUUUUUUGUUUAACUUCAUAAUAACAAAAUUUUAAAAACCAUUUAUAUGUAAUAAUUUGUAAUAAAAAGUUUUUAUCACCCUUC